CUCAUUGCUGUGCUCCUUACUUUCCUUACAAGUCAGCCGCAGUCGAAGCGCGUUUCCUCGGGGUGAAGACAGCUUGUCUUGGACAGUCAGUCGAACUAUUAAAACAAUACGAUGAUUGCUGCGGAGCCAUUGCGUUCGGCCACGGCGGUGGGGAGAGUGGAGGACACUUCGUUGGCUGUGCCCUCUGACACCAGGCUGCACACCGGGGCGCACCGGGUGCUGGACCAAGUACAAACCAUCAAGAGGAGCAAGUCUAAACACGGCAAGAACGGCACUCCUACAAGCCCCAUUUUGCCGCCUUUGUCUCCACUGAGCGAGUUUGCAACGUUCCAGUUCUUACCGACCAAAGUCAAUGGCACAUUCGGUCGCAGCCAGUCUACCAAGUCAGCAGGCUACAACAAAGCGUUGUAUGCCCAAAAGACCCGAUCUCUGUCCUCCAGAAGCUUGGGAAGAAGACAUUGCAGCUCUUCAGGUGCAUGGGAGCAACAAAUCAAUGCUUCACAUUGGCCUCAAGGUCCCAUUGGGCUGAAACCCAGUCGCAGUGAUCCUACACUGGCUCCUGGAGGCAUCAUGAGAGCCAAAGGGCAGACUGCCCAGAGUCACGUGAAGAGACACAGCACUUAUUCUAUUAAUAAUGGCUACCAAAUAGCCAGCGGCCAACAACGGACUAUGGGACAGCCUUCUGGCCACUCUCAGGCAAUCAAAAUAUCCAAGGUGGAGCAGAAAUCAGCCGCCAACACUGCACCAAGCAUAUCGGAUCUGACCAUUAAGGAAGCUAUAGAGUUCCUGUCUCACCCUGAGGAGACGUUCCAGCUGUGUGGUGCCACCAUCAUCCAGCAUAGCACCUUUAAAGAAGAUCGCGCUAAACAACAGGUUCUUCAACUUGGAGGCAUCCCCAAUCUGGUGACUCUACUGCGUAGUCCCAACCCUGCUGUGAGUCAGGCUGCCGCUGGGGCCUUAAGGAACCUAGUGUUCAAGAACCAGAGCAAUAAGCUGCAGGUUCAACACUGUGGUGGCAUAGCGAAAGCCCUGCAGUUACUAAAGGAGACAGAUUGCUCCGAGACACAGAAACAAAUCACAGGCCUGCUCUGGAACCUUUCCUCUGCUGACGAGCUAAAGGGAGAACUUAUAGCCACAGCACUGCCCGCGUUGACAGAGAAUGUGGUGGUGCCGUUCACCUGCUGGUCAGAUGACAGCGCCACCAACAACAUACACCCUGAGGUUUUCUACAACACCACAGGGUGCCUGCGGAACCUGAGCUGUGCCCAGCUGAGAGAGAGGACAGCCAUGAGGGACUGUCGUGGUCUUAUUGACUCCUUGAUGUCCUACCUGCAGACCUGUGUGACAGAGGACAAUCCAGAUGACAAGUCCGUGGAGAACUGUGCAUGUAUCCUCCAUAAUUUGACCUACCAGCUGGAGACAGAGUCCCCCAAAUGCUUUGCCAACUUUAUCCCUUUAACAGAGAGCCAAUCUGGCAAGAAAAGCCCUACAGUUGGGUGCUUCAGCCCCAAGAGCAACAAGGUCCAAAAGCAGUUUUCAUUCGAUGCCGUUCGAGGAAUGCUGGAAAACGAUGAACCAAAAGGCGCCAAGUGGCUGUGCCAUCCCAAAGCCAUGCAGACCUACUUGUCUCUGCUCAGCUCAUCCCAGAAAGAUGCCACCCUGGAGGCGUGCUGUGGCGCACUGCAGAACCUGACUGCCAGCAAAGAACUGGGGUCCGGCGCCAUUAGUCAGAUUCUGGUCCAGAAGUUGGAGGCUCUGCCCCACAUAACCCCUCUGUUAAAGUCGCCUAACCAUAGCCUGCAGAAGGCUGCCGUGUCUCUGCUUGGUAACAUGUGCCGGGGCACCAACUUGCACACCUCCAUGGCAAAGCAAGUUUUGCCAGAGCUCACCGGCCUCCUCUCUGCUGGACCCCGGGAGCUGGGGAACUCUGAUGAAACUGUCGCAACAGCAUGUAACACAGUGCGAAAUCUGGUGCUGGCAGACCCCGAGGCCAACAAGAAGUUUAUCGAUAACGAUUUGGUGACAUCAGUGGCUGACAUUAGCGAGAAUGCCUCUCUCCCCAAAGGCAGCAAAGCAGCCUCCAUCUUUCUCUACCAUCUAUGGAAUGAUAAAAACUUGCAAAACAUUUUGAAAAAGCUGGGAAUGAGCAAAUCAUUAUUCAUUAACGACAACACCACGGCGGCGUACAGGUCUGUGCAGAUUAUCGACUGAUGAAUGAGGGAGGAGCGGCACCAUGUUUGCCCAGAGAUGGAAAUCAGCAUGUUGAGGCCACACCCUUGCAACAUGGAGGGUAAAAUGACCGCCUCCACAACCACCUUGCUUGAAAGAGCUUUAGCAAUUAUGAAUUUCUGUCUGCUGUACAUGAACACCAUCAAUAAUCCUGCGGUGUAUGUAUUUAAUUUGGAUUUGUUUGUGUCUGUGUAUGCACACUGGCAAGCGUGUUUUUUUUGCUUUGUUGACUUGAGUGUGAGAAUCUUAUGGUUUCAGUUGAGUAGUAAAUAAACGCAAUUAACAGAAGUUGCCUCCUGUAAAAUAUCACUCCAUUUACUAUAAAAUACCUGAGGACUCAGGAGAUGUGGAAUGUGGUGAGGAAACUAGAAAGAAAUGUGGAUGUAUGUGUUGCUGCUGAAUGAAACAUCCAUAAAGAAGUACGCCUUUUAUUGCUAUUGCUAAACAUAAUGUGGAGGGGGGGGGGAUUGCUUUGCCUUACCGUGAAUAAUACAUAAAAUGAUCCCACGUAAGACAAUUAGCCUAGCCUAGCUUAGCUUAGCAUGAGACUUAAUACUGGGAGCAAUACUACCAUAAGUAUUUUCAACGCUCUUGUUUUAAACAUUGCAUAACAACCAUGUUAUACUGUGGAAACAUGUUACCCUUUUGUUUACAGUGUGUGUGCUCAGCUAACCAGCUAACUAUAAAACUCAUCCAGACAGUAUAUUUCCCAAUAUAUGACACGCUCUCCAAACCUGCAGAGAUCUUUGCAAGGAUCUUCACUUCACUGACAGAUUAUGUUUUGUGAGUGCAAGGUUUUAUCUGCCACUAUUUUUCAUGAACUUAACUGUACAGUUUUCGUUUUACAUGUUUUUUAAUGAUUGAACACUGCAAAAAAUAAUUUAUUUUUGAGUGCACCUCGACUUGAAAUAACUCCUUUGUCGGGUUUUUAGUCAGCAGUUUCGGAGUACGUGUCAUAUAUACAUAUAUGUUUUAAAGUGCAGCUCAAAGUGGCUUUUUUCUUUUCUAUUCAUGUCACAAAGGCACUAAAUAAAAUAAGUUAACCCUUUAUGGUAAAUUUUGCAUUUUUUAACUUUUUUAUGAAUAAACUGAGAAGUUAGGGGGGAAAAAACGGGGGGUUUUAUCGGUAUUUGGAAACCUGCAUUUUACAUUAUACGCAUCCGCUUUUAUAAUCUAAUUGAAGAAAACAAAGCAUAGAAGGAGCAAAGAUGAUUGUGCAUCAUGGUUUAAAAAAAACAGUGCAUCCGUGCUUCUAAUUCUACUACUUUGAAGACGCUCGAGUCUCACUGAGGUUUGCCUUGCUCACAAAGAGUGACGUUCAUAUUGCCUUUAAAGUGAAGCUGGAGAACUGUGUGUAUAUACGUACAUAUACGGUAAUUAUCAGCAUACUGUCACUCAACAGAAAACCAAGCCUGCAUCUAUUAAUAUAACAACUUGUCAUUCAUGCCUGUCACUUUUUUCUAUUGCACUUUUCUUUGUAUUCAAAUGAUUGAAUAUUUAAGUUUUGUGUGUGAUGUGUUUUUAUUUCCUCUUUUCCUAAUGUGUGUGCUGUUGUAACUGGACUGUUUAUUUCUUGUGUGCAUUAUGAAUACGGUCAAAUGAUUCAUGUUUUCCAUGUGGCUUUUUUGACACUAAAACAGCAGAUGCAGCAAUAACACGGUGGCUGCGGCUUUCUUUA